ACAUCAUAUCUUUAUAUUCAUUAUGUGAAUGCUAAUUAUGUAUCCGAGCAAAACUAGAGUAAUUAACUGUUAAAUUUUUAAGUUAAAAAAAUUAUUAUUUAUAAUUUAACAAAGAGUACGAAAUAGAAAAUAAUGAAGAAUACACUUAUUGAAAUUUUCACUGGGUUUUAGAAGGUUAUUAUUAUAGUCAAACUUGUAUUGCUCCCUUUGUUAAUUGGAAACGCCCAUUCGCCAAAGUCGGGCGCCGAUUUAGAACCUUGCCUGGGGGGUUUUUCGGGAACCAGUGUUAGAGUACUUAUUUGUUGGAGCACUUGGUUGUAGAUCCGCCUCUGCUCAAAGUGUGGCAACUGAAAGGAUUUUUGUGUACAUGCUAGGUUGAAUGAAUCAACAGAAAGAUCCAACAUCGAUGGGCAGAUGAAAUUGCGUAAAAGAAGAAGAUGAUGCCACUGAAGAACAUUGUCACUCGUUCAGCUUCACCCUCCUGCAGUAUUCCAUCUCUCUUCAUCUCCCUCUCUCUACUCUGCAUUCUACCACUCUCUCUUUUUUUCUUCUUCCAUUCCUCUCCAAACCCACAAAUGAACCUCCUUCAGACAACACCUCCCAAUUCCAUCAAAGUUUACGUUGCAGAUCUUCCAACAUCUCUCAACUAUGGCCUAUUGGAAAAUUACUGGGCUUUAGACUCAGAUUCAAGAAUUGGGAGUGAAGUAGACAAUGAAAUAAGAAAGAAGACCCACAUCGGAGGCAAAAGUUCCAAAAAGUUCCUUCCUUAUCCAGAAAACCCAAUAAUCAAACAGUACAGUGCUGAGUAUUGGAUCUUGGGGGAUUUAAUGACACCUGAAAAGUUGAAACUUGGAUCUUCUUUUGCCAAAAGGGUGUUCAGUGCUGAUGAAGCUGAUGUGAUUUUUGUUCCCUUUUUUGCAACUUUGAGUGCUGAGAUGCAAUUGAUUGUGAACAAGGGUGUGUUUAGGAAGAAGAAACCGGGGAAUCAGGACUAUCAAAGACAACGAAUGGUUGUCGAUUUCUUGAAGCAAACUGACGCUUGGAAACGCUCCGGUGGACGUGACCAUGUCUUUGUUAUUACUGACCCUGUCGCUAUGUGGCAUGUGAAGGAUGAGGUUGCUCCAGCUAUUCUCCUGGUGGUUGAUUUUGGUGGGUGGUACAAGCUCGACUCCAACACGGCUAAUGAGACCUCAUCUGACAUGAUACACCACACUCAAGUUUCAUUGCUGAAGGAUGUCAUUGUGCCUUAUACCCAUCUACUUCCUCGUUUGCCCUUAUCCGAAAAUCAGAAACGAGAAACCCUUAUUUACUUCAAAGGAGCUAAACAUAGGCAUCGGGGAGGCAUUGUUCGGGAAAAGCUCUGGGACUUGCUAAUAAAUGAACCCCGAGUAGUGAUGGAGGAAGGCUUUCCAAAUGCCACAGGAAGGGAGCAGUCUAUAAAGGGAAUGAGGACUUCAGAGUUCUGCUUGCACCCUGCAGGGGAUACACCAACCUCGUGCAGACUUUUUGAUGCUGUUCAAAGUCUUUGUAUUCCUGUCAUUGUUAGUGACAACAUUGAGCUCCCAUUUGAAGGGAUGGUGGAUUAUUCAGAAUUUUCGGUGUUUGUUGCAGUUAGUGAUGCCCUGCAGCCAAGUUUGCUCGUGAACCAUCUUAGGAGCUACUCCAACGAUCAAAAGGAUAGAUUUCGCCGUAAUAUGGCUCUGGUGCAGCCCAUUUUUGAGUAUGAAAAUGGUCAACCAGGUGGUAUUGGUCCUGUAUCUCCAAACGGUGCUAUAAAUUACAUAUGGAGAAAGGUUCACCAAAAACUGCCCAUGAUCAAAGAAACUAUAAUUCGUGAGAAGAGGAAACCUCUCGGUGCCUUAGUUCCACUUCGUUGUCAUUGUACUUGAUGAAUUUUUUGUGUCUUUUUUCUUUGUCUGGCUUCAAAAGGUAAUAUAUUAUAUCAUACAUGGUUCAUACUACAGGUAAGGAACUAGUCUAGAUUACAUAGUUCCUUUAAGAUCUUUUUCACACACACAAAAAUGGGAGUCAUAGUACACUGAAAAAUCAUAGUUUUUUAAAACAUCUUGUUCAAGUCUUUGUUUAGCUAAGCAAUCUGCCAAUUGAUACUUCCAGAGGAGAGGCUGGGUUCCAAAAUUUUAGUCCCAGAUUAUCUUCUUCUGAGCAUGCUUGUAGGUAGCUUGAUAGAGUUUUUGUAAAUGCAUUCUUAUUCCCCAUUAGAGUUUUUUCAUAACUUAUGUUAUUCAGUUUA